UCGUAAUUUAUAUAAUUAUAUAGUGAUCGUUUAUAUACAUAUAUAUCACCAAAUCGUGAUUUCAAAAUGGCUGCUUUGGUUUCAUCGAACAUUCAUGCUAAUUCAUCAUCCCAGAAAAAUGGGAGUACUGGUUCCGAUACUAUUCGUCGAUCGGCCAAUUUUCAUCCUAGUAUCUGGGGAGAUCACUUUCUCAAAUAUACCCAUCAAUCAUUGGAAGUUGAUGAUAAUACAAAGCAAGAAGUUGAAAAACUAAAAGAGGAAGUGAGAGGGAUGCUAACUGCUGCCCCCAGCAUUAAUUCUUCCCAAAAGCUACAGUUAAUUGAUACAAUCCAACGGUUAGGAGUCGCUUAUCAUUUUGAGAGCGAAAUCAGUGACAUUUUGGGAGAAAUGAAGAAAAUCAAUCCUCACACUGAAUUGGAUAAUAGUACCCUUCAUACGGUCUCCCUUUGGUUUCGAUUGCUUAGACAACAAGGAUACAACAUAUCAAGUGAUAUAUUUGAGAAGUUUACAAACAAAGAAGGAAAACUGGACGAUAGUGUUAGUAGUGAUGUUGAAGGAAUGCUAAGCUUGUAUGAAGCUUCACAUAUGAGAAUCCAUGGAGAGCCUAUACUUGAAGAAGCAGUAGUUUUCACCACAACUCAUUUGGUGGAGGCCUCUAAGGAGAAAUCCCAGUGCUCAUUAUUUCUUGCGGCACAAGUCAACCAUGCCUUAAGACAGCCCAUCUUGAAGGGCUUGCCAAGAGUAGAAAUUCAACGCUUUAUUUCUCUCUAUCAUCACGACCCUAACCACAGUCAUCUUUUGCUUCGCUUUGCUAAAUUGGACUUCAACGUUCUCCAAAAGUUGCACCAGAAGGAACUUCAUGAAAUUUCAAAGUGGUGGAAAGACUUGGACUUUGCAUCGAAGCUACCUUUCGCACGUGACAGACUAGUCGAGGGUUAUAUUUGGCCUGUGGGAGUAUACUUUGAGCCAAAGUACAGUGCUGCUAGGGUUAUAUUGACCAAAGUAAUUGGUGUGACAACAAUGAUUGAUGACAUUUAUGAUGUUUAUGGAACUUUAGAAGAACUGGAACUCUUCACAGACGCAAUAGAAAAGUGGGAUAUAAGCUGCAGUGAUCAACUCCCUGAUUACAUGAAAUAUUGUUACGAGGCACUGUUAAAAUUAUACGAUGAAAUUGAGGAGGAGUUGGCCAUGCAAGGCAGAACUUAUCGGAUGCCCUAUGCAAAGGAGACAAUGAAGAAGCUAGCUCAAUCCUACUACGUGGAAGCUCAAUGGUUUCAUAAAAAGUACACACCAACGUUACAGGAAUAUAUGGAGGUUGCACUGGUGUCAUCCACGUACUACAUGCUCACUGCCACGUCAUUCCUAGGAAUGGGAGAAGAAGUCUCAGCUGAGGUCUUUCAUUGGCUUAUGAACUCUCCUAAGAUUGUAACAGCAUCAGCAGUAGUUUGCAGACUCAUGGAUGAUGUGGUCAGCCACAAGUUUGAGCAAGAUAGAGGACACGUGGACUCUAGCGUGGAAUGUUAUAUGAAGCAAUAUAAUGUAAGAGAAGAAGAAGCGUGCAAAGAAUUGAAGAAACAAGUUUUAGAUGCAUGGAAAGAAAUGAAUGAGGAGUGCAUGGAGCCAAGAGAUGUGCCCAUGUCUGUCCUCGUGCGCGUGGUCAAUCUCGGACGAGUGAUCGAUGCUGUUUACAAAGAUGGAGACGGUUACACCCAUGCCGGAGGAAUAAUGAAGACUUUUGUCAAAUCUUUGUUUAUUCAAACUCUUCCACUCUAGCUUUUAAUAUAUUUUCUUACACGAGGAGAGGACUAUGUCCUUUUCUUCUUAAUUAUCAUAUAAAUAUAGUUUAUUAUAUAUUGUCAAAAUAGUAUAGUCAACUACCAAUAUCUAAGUUUGAUGUAUAUGAUUGACGUACGAGUGUCCUCUCAGUGUACCGCAACUAAUAAAUAAAUAAGAUCCCUGCUUUUCAUUUUUCUUUCUUAAUAAUAUAUGUACAAGAUUUCUUCAUCAUUACAUUGAUUAUAGUUUAUUUUAGUUUAUUUUCUUUUAACAAAUGAGGAGUAUAUAGUGCCAUUUUUUUCUUUUUUUUAAAAAAAUAUAUUGACUUUCAGAAUGGUGUGUCAUGCAUUAGCUCAACCAUGUGCAGAGUUUUUAUAAGGACAUAUUUUUUCAUCUUA